AUGUGUUAUUACAAGACUUACAUCUUUCUCGGCUGUGGCCAUGCUGUUAUCUCAAGCAAGCCGAUUGCAAACUCACGAUGUCCGAACAGCAAACACCCCACGAUGCAAGAAGCAGCAACACCGUCUCCGGAACUCUGUACAGAAAAGCUCAGUCACCCGCUUCGGACAAUAGCCAUCCAGAGCCUCUGCGAAGUUUGCCGGUGCGAGGGAGACGCCCGUGUCGAAUAUUUUCAAGGGCAUAUGGGCGAAGACAGCGAAAGACGGAUCAUAACGAGAUCUGCUGAGCGUAACGACCGGGGGUCGGAGAGAGGACGUAAACUCUUUCGAUCCACCACGGAUCUAGCCAUGAUGCUGGAGUCAGGCAGAUAUCCAUCCGCUGCUGGGAAGUGCAACAAUGGCACGGCCCCCGCGAUAUCGGGUCGGGCACAACAAGCAGUAGAGAAAACUUCAGAUCUGUUCAGAGGUGUGUUAGAGUGGAAGGAUGGAGGUUCUUAUAGCAGCGCUCCGAGUGAGCCUUCAAUGUCGAGUAUUGAGUCGCAAAGUUCUUCGCCACCAGCGAGAUUAUCUUUUGCGGGUCUUGCAAAUAGCUUUGAGAAUUAG